AUGCAACCCUUGAACCCCUUCCUGGCCGCUUUCUUCAGACCCGGCAACCCCGUCGCCGCCCAGUGUACACCCGUCCACCACCACAUCCUGCUCGUCCCGACCACCGAGUCCCUCCUUACCUCCCGCGAGACCGAAAGCGGCUUACCUCUUCCAGACCUCGUAAGCUCUGAAGAGUUCCUGGGAAGCCAUGUGCUGCGCAUCCCCGGUCCGGCCACCACUGCGGGAGGGAAGGAUGCCGUAGGGAACCUGCGCGACUUGAGGGGCAAGGCGAAGCAAUACACCACUUUGAAUGGCCGUAGUGUAGUUAUCAAAGAUGCCUUCGUGUAUGGCCACAAGGGCUUCAAGACCGUUGCCCAGUCACAGCUACUACAUGACUCCAUAUGGUACUCCGACACGGUCGAGCCGCGGCAAUGGCUGCUCUACAUCAUAUCGCGACCUCUUGUCGGCACCUGGGAGGACAUCGAGGUUCCGCACGCCAUCUUUAGCGAAGGCAUGGCAAAGAGGAAACUCGACCAAGACAGUCAAGCAGCGGCCAUCGAGAACGGCGAACCGAGUCUUCCGAGAAAGAAGGAGAUCAAGAGCUUCCAUGACCUUCUGAACCACUUCCCAAUAAUCGCACGGCAAAUGCAUCCUGGGCUGGAGAAGCUAUUCAAGGAGUUCACCGUUGUAUUCGAAAAACCCUUGCCUCCUCCGCCGUCAGCGUCUCAUAUACCCGAUCCUAAGCCUGAAGGUCCCAUCACCACAGCCACGAGGAAAGUUCGCUCCAAUAGCGUAUCUGCUCGGAGACCCAGUGUCAACGGUCAACAUGGGGCUCGCGUGACAGAAAACUUCUUCGCCGAAGAUGACGAAGACGUGAUGCGGGCUUCCUUUGAGACGGCAGUGACGUCUGCCAUUGAUCUCUUCCAAAAUGUCGACAAGCAGCAGCUCUCAAUGCUGGGCGCGACUACGGAACUCACGGGACCUCUGGUUGAACGACUCAUUGAGAAAUACGUGGCUGAGAAUGUGCAUAAUCUUAUCUGGCCUCGGUUAGCUGCUAUGAGGAGACCGGAUGACUUAGAGCUGGAAGCCAAGAUCCGACAAAUGGAGUUCAUUGACAUCUCGCAGUUGGGCAUCAUGAUAGAAGGUGGUCUCAAAUCGAAGCAUGACCUUACUAUCCGACUUGGAGUUGCAGUCGAUGACUUCCGCAGGAUCUCUUCGGCAACCUGCGCACCGGAGAUGAUGGAGAUCCUACUAUCAACCAUGAAAGCAGCUACGCAACUGGCCGAACAGCCAUGCCCCGGGUCGACAUCUGGGCCAUCAUCGGAAAAGACAGUCCUUACCGUUAACGCUGAUACGUUGGUGUCUCUGCUCCUCUUCGUCGUAAUACGGGCUGGCGUUAAACACCUACAAGCCCAGCUCGUCUACAUGAGACAUUUCAUCUACAUCGAUGAUGUCGAGAGUGGCGAGAUGGGAUACGCGCUCAGCACAUUCGAAGCUGUGCUCUCAUAUUUAGAUGCUGAUUCAAGCAGCCUUAGAAAGGCCAGCCGGCGCAACAAGGCCUUGUGGGACGCAACAUCGAAGGGCAAUAUGGAUCAGCUCAAGAAGAUGAUGGAUCCCCAUGCUGAUGCCGUCGAGGAUGACGAUGCCGUCGAGGACGAUCAACCCAACGAUUCUCCAAUAUCGGGUCGCGCACCGUCUGUCAGUUGGAGUAUGUUCAAUGGCUCUUCCAGCUCCAGACGGUCUUCCACCACUUUCGCCCCGUCCGAAUCAUACUCGCAAGGGUCGGGACUGAGUCAUGUGUUUCCAUUCCAAAGCAAAGACUGGGACGAUGUCACCAACCACCCAGUGAAGAGAGUCAAGAAAGUCGCCCUGGACACUAGAAGUAUGUCCAGCGGUUCUGAGUAUUCUUACCGCUCUAGGGCUGGAAGCAUGGUCACCAUGAGUAGUGGGCUUGAAGGGGACACGUCGAUUGAGCGACUUUGCCAAACUGAAGAUUCAUUCGGUGAAUCAAUACCGAUGAUGGCAAUCCAGCAUGAAAGACCUGAAGCGCUACGAUAUCUGCUCUCGCUGCAGGAUUUAUUCCCCGCGGAUGUCAUCCUGGGCGACAGAGAUAACGAUGGCACCAGCCUUCUAAGCGCCGCUGUUCAACUAGGGCACACCGAACUGAUCGAUAUCAUUCUCGAUUUUGUUACGACGUCAACGUCUGAGCCGCAGUUCCGGGACUACCUCUCGCAGCAAGACACCCGAGGACGAAGCAUUGCGCAUUACCUAUUCCAUGCACCCACACUCAUCCGCCGCAUUGGAAAGCUUCUUCCCUGGAGGCAAAAAGAUUUGAACGGCCAGACACCAUUAUUCGCACUCUGUCGGUCGUACGACCACCAGGACUACUAUGACAUGGUCCAAGCCGGCCUUGAAGCUGCGGCGGACACGCAGGGAGAUGGUCAGCCGCUUCACCUGGACGAUCACGUGGAUAUGAAAGGCAACACGCUUCUGCACAUUGUCAGUAGUCCUCAGCUAGCUGUGAAAAUUCUGCUGCAGUGUGAUGUCGACGUCAAUGCCACCAACGAUAAGAAGUUUACGGCCUUGAUGGUGGCGAGCAAGUAUGGCCGCUUUGAUAUGGUCAGGGCACUUUUCUCCGACCCAAGAGUAGACGUCGCUGCCAAAGAAGCGCGUGGCUUGACAGCGGUGGAACUCGCCAAAGAUGAUGACGUUCGCAACAAGAUAGAUGACCUGACACUAUUCACCAUGGUGCCAGCCGAGGACGGUCGUCUUACUGGAGUGGUCAGGUCUUUCUUCGUGGAAGAUGCCACGAUCCGGCUCGUUUUGAAGUCUGGCGCACCCGCGGAUAACAACAGCUACACAGUGACGACGUGUCGGCGUUCUAUGGCUGAUUUUGAGCGCCUGGCUAACCUACUAUCUGUCGAAAACCCAGCAUCGUGGAUACCAAAGGUGACGACUGCGCGCUCACCCUUCCAGAUUCCGUCGAAGCCCGCACGUGCUGUUCUGAAGGACAUGCAAGUACGCACCGACUCGUUUCUCAAGAUCAUGCUUUCCCAUCCCACCUUUGCAACCCAUGAGAUGCUGUGGGAGUUCUUCCUCGUACCUGAUCUUCAAGCAGACAUGAUGGAACAGCGGAGUCGCCUCAAAGCCGAAACGCGGGUAGAAAAGGUCAGGGACGAACUUGAGCCUCUGUUAGAUGUGCGGGAAGUAGAGCAGUUUGUUGAUCACGCCCGUGAUAUGGUCCGCAGCGUCAAUUAUUCGACCAAGAGUGUAGCGCGAAGGGCCAACGCCAUCGGCGUCGUCACAAAUCUAUAUGAUGCAGGCAGGCUUUUGGCAACCGGAGUCAUCGGCCUUACAUUCCUGCCACAGAGCCACGUGUCUGCGUUUACGACGUACAUCCAGACGCUUGCUCCGCCAUACUCUAACCCUCCACAGCUCUUCCAUCACGCCUUCCUCGCUCUACAGUCGACCGUGCAGGCCAUGCUGACCGCGUUGUCUCGGCCACCUCAGCUUGUCGCUCAGAUCACAGCAUCUCGGAGGGCCAUUGAGCGCAACUACAACUCCGUAUCUCGCUCGACGAGGUGGCCACUUGGUCUGUUGGAUGAGACACGCCAACGUAUGAACGAGGAAAAGGAAGAAAAGGCAAGGAAAACGCAAGUGGAGGUCGACAACCUAGGCAAGGAGCUGCGAUAUACCCAACAGACAGUGGCAAGCGAGUUGGCCGGGUGGCAAGACAUGCACGAACGCAUGGGUAGACAGGCGAUCAAGGAGUUUGCGAGAGGCAUGCUCAUCUACGAACGCGAGCGUAUGCAAGGGAUCAAGAGGGCGCUGAGGAGAGUGCAAGGGGUGCCAUCCAGACCAUCGCCAACCGUUGGAAGAGGAGAGGUACAAGUGCCCUUUACUGCUGUUGAUCCCGAGCAAACCAUCCCACGUGUGAAUGAAACGGCGGUGGAUGGCCCUUCGGCUGGCGAGCCCAGCACCAUGGGUGGGACGACUGUCGUAGACGGUCAGCUAGACUAG